AUGAGUGAUUCAGUUGAGGAUACGUUAAGGACGAAAGAGUCCAAGAUCAUAAAUUUUUUGACUAGCGGGGCUAGUAUAGGUGGGUUCAUCGAUGAGUCGAUAUCGGUAUCAUUCCCCAUAAGAAACCUUAUAAAGAAACAAGUGAAUGAAAUAGUACCACUGCAAGUAUGCAGAUAUUCUAUGACGCCGAAUGGCUUCCGUGAUUGGUGUGCGGACAUCGAUCCUAAGAGUGAUGUCCCUAUGAAUCAGCUUGUUGAAUUUUAUUGGGAUGUCAUACUUCUAAUGGAAUCUAAAUUUAUGGUAGAAAACGUGGAUUUUUUACAAUUUAGAAAAUACUUAAUUGACAGAUUCAAUAGGAAAGUCAAUUAUGCUAAAUCAGCCGUACCAUCGUUGUCAUUUUGGAGAAAUAUUGGCGAUUACUACAAUUUACUCUAUUUACCCGAUUUUUUAAAUAAUCUGAUCUAUUGCAAAGUUACAUCCGAUGUCAUACUACACAUCACGAUCCAAGAUACAGAUAUUCCAAACCUGGUUAAUCAUUUCAAAGACGUUCUAUUGAUUUUCUUAGAAUUUGCAGAUCUGGUUAAAUGCACUAAAAUACGAUUGUAUCUUAACAAGAAUUUUAAUUUCAUUUAUUUGAAUAAAAUUCUAAAAAACUUAAACUGGAUUAGUGGUAAAGUUGUUAAAAAUGAAAAUAGAGAUGAUAAUAUUCCGACGAUUGAUGAUUUAAUGUGUAGUGAUGAAAACUUUAUAAUACUAGAAUUCGAUGCCUAA